AUAUAAACGAGGAAAUGGAAGUACGGUGAAAAGUAAAGAGAAUUAGCAGUGUUAUUGGUGGGUUUAGGAAGUACUAACAGGAAAUGGCUGUGAUCCCGUGUCACUGUUACCGUUCCGUCGGAUCCGACAAACCCUACCUCUCUGGUCAGAGUCUCCGCCGUUGCGCUCCUUCCCCCGCCGUCUCCGUUUCAUUUCGACGCCGAAUAUCAUGCGUCGCCUCUUCCGCUGUCGCUCAGAAAGUUGGGCUGAAAGAUUUUCUUCACUUGGAUGAUUUUGAUAAGGAUACUAUUUUGAAGAUGUUGGACCGGGCCCUUGAGGUCAAGGCAUUGCUGAAGUCAGGGGACAGGUCAUUUCGGCCUUUUGAGGGGAAGACAAUGGCAAUGAUAUUUACAAAGCCGUCCAUGAGAACACGUGUUUCGUUCGAGACUGGCUUUACAUUGUUAGGUGGCCAUGCUAUAUAUUUAGGACCCGAUGACAUCCAAAUGGGCAAGCGAGAGGAGACUCGUGACAUUGCUCGUGUUUUGUCUCGCUAUAAUGACAUCAUUAUGGCUCGUGUUUUUGCUCAUAAGGACAUACUUGAUCUUGCAAAAUAUGCUACUGUGCCAGUCAUCAAUGGGUUGACAGACUACAACCAUCCCUGCCAGAUAAUGGCUGAUGCCCUUACCAUGGUUGAGCACAUAGGUCGGUUUGAAGGUACAAAGGUGGUCUACAUUGGAGAUGGAAAUAAUAUUGUUCACUCAUGGUUGUUGAUGGCAUCUGUAAUUCCCUUUCACUUCGUCUGUGCAUGUCCAAAAGGAUUUGAACCCGAUGCAAAAACAGUUGAGAAGGCAAGGAAAGCUGGAAUCAGCAAGAUUGAGAUAACCAAUGAUCCCAAAGAAGCUGUUAAAGGAGCUGAUGUUGUGUAUUCAGAUGUCUGGGCCAGCAUGGGGCAAAAGGAAGAAGCUGAAUACCGUCGCCAAGUUUUUAAAGGAUUUCAGGUGAACCAAAAUCUUAUGGAUUUGGCCGGUUCAAAGGCAUUUUUUAUGCACUGCUUACCCGCGGAAAGAGGGGUGGAGGUGACUGACGAAGUUAUUGAAGCUCCAAAUUCAAUAGUCUUCCCACAAGCUGAGAACCGAAUGCAUGCACAGAAUGCUGUAAUGCUUCAUGUACUUGGCAAGUAAUCUUGGAGACUGAGCAUUAUUAGCGUGCACUUGCAAUACUUGGUUUUAGGCCUUCUGCUGGUGUAUACACUUGCAACACUAUGUUCGGUCUAGUAAGUUGGAUUUUUGAGUUUUGUCGGUAUUAUUACUAGCAAUCGUAUAAAAAUGCAGUGUUGGGUUUUCUUUUCUCUUUUGCUCUAUCACAAUGCCUCUCGUUUUUUAUUCGAGUCCUUCAAAGUAAAAAGUGCAGUAGGUCUAGCAUAAAGUAAAAUUUUAAUUAAUUUUGAACUCACUUUAGAAAUUACAUAUAAAUAUCUUGAAUGUAUAUAUUUUGUCCCUCCUAA